GAUAAAAUAUCGACGAAACCGAGGACAUUUUAAGGAUACCGCGAGGCCCUUUUUUGGAACUUAGAUGAGAGCAUCAGCGGCAGCGAGACCGAGAAAGUUGAAAAACUCCGCUUCGACACCUCUGAGCGUCUUAAUAAACUCUCCUGGAGGUGUUUUAUGUGCGGUUUGUCAAAAAAACCGAAUCGCCGUCGAUAUGUCAGUGCCCCAGGCUGCGUUCGCGGUCAAAAAGCUGCGGAAAAACACAGAAAAGCGCGAGGAACAAUUUUUCCACGGUUCUCACAUUAAAGAGGAAACUUCCCGCUAUAACAGCAAGUACAUGAACAGCAUCUGGGGCAUGUACAACCGGUUCUCGUGUCAUAAUUUGAAGAAGGUUAUCGGAGACCAUCAGCCACAGGCACAGGCAAAUGUUGGCCCAACCCUCAAAGGGUUGGCCAACACAUCCAGUUUGUCCGUGUCUGUGGAGAGACUUUCGUAUUUGCCCCUGUAAGAUGUUUUACAUGCAAUUAUAGUGAUAUAAAUUGACUGAUUUCCCAGUA